AUGAGUGACUACUACGAGCGUUACAGAAAGGACAGGAACAGCAGCAUCUCCAGUAGCAGCAAGCGGAAGAGAAGCGACAGUCGGUAUGAUAACUAUGGAAGGAAGAAGGAGUACCACGAGGAGGGGAUCUACAAAAGGGCCAGGCCUCUGGAGGACGACGAGGAGGAGGAGGAAGCGAGCUUUGGCAGGGAUAUGCAAUGCUAUAGGGAGCGCCGGAGGGAGCAGUGGGGCGACCGGAUAAGGCGCGACCGAGAGCGCGACCGAGAACGCGACCGAGAGCGCGAAAAAUAUUAUCAACGAGGUUACGAACGAGGUUACGAACGAGAGCGCGAGCGGGAGAGGGAGAGGGAGCGCGACCGCCGCAGAGACAGGUCCCCCGAGGAGCGCCCAAAAAAAACCAAAAGGAAAGAAUACCUCUCCCACAGCAGCGACGGAGAGGAAGAAGAAGAGGAAGAACACACGGAUGGCAGGAAUGGCAGGGGUAGACACCGAGUGAGCGGCGGGAGGCACCCAGAAGACGCUGCUGCAAGGAGGGUGCAGCGCGAGAGGGAUAGAUACGAAGCGAAGGAGAGUCGAGGGGAAAGGAGGAGGACAAGGAAACGCAGCAGCAGUGAUGAUAGAAGCGACGAGGGAAGGGGGGACGAGACGGCAACCAAGCGAGAUCGCGAAGACGAAAAUAAGCUCUCCAGGUUGGAGAGACUUAAGCAGUUCGCGGAGAGAAUCAAGAAAACGGGUAGCGACGAGGUCAGCCCUAAGGCUGGAGCGAAAGCUACCAAGUUUACGCUUAACACGACGAUCAGCAGCGCCGGCAGGAAGUUCCAUCUAGACGUGUUUGAGGGAGGUAGGCAAGACGAGGACGAUGUGGAGGAGCAGCAGCAGCAGGAGAGGAAGAAGAAGGAAAAGUGGAAGUGGCAGAUGAAGAAGGAGGAGGAGUUGAAGUCGGGGGAGUUGAAGUCGGGGGAGUUGAGGGCGGGAAAGACGAAGAAGGAUAGCGCCACACGUGGAGGCCCGGGGAGAGGGGGUCUGCUUUCCAACUCGCCCAACAGGAGAGACGGCGGAGAAGAGCCCGCGGAGGAAUCGCCUGCGGGGGACGAUAAUGAGGACCCCCUCGAAGUGUUCAUGCGAAACUUGGAGCGCAACUGCGCGGGGGCAGAGGGCGAGGCGGUGGGCCCCAGCAAGGCCAUAACGCUGGAGGAGAUAUACAGCUAUGACGAGAACCGGCACCGGUUCGAGGGGGCAAAGCCGCCCGGGGGAGAGCCCCCCGGAGCGGCCGUCCACUCGGGGGAAGUCGCUGAAGAGAUGCACAAAACCGCGAAGCAGCCGUCCCAAUCCGCGAAGCAGCCGUCCCAAUCCGCGAAGCAGCCGUCCCAAUCCGCGAAGCAGCCGUCCCAAUCCGCGAAGCAGCCGUCCCAAACUGCUAACCAGCCGACCCAAUCCGCGAAGCAGCCGUCCCAAACUGCUAACCAGCCGACCCAAAGCGCCGAUCUGCAAGACGACCAGAGCGGCGAGGAAUACCACCGAUUGUUCAUACAAGCGCUGAGGAAGAAAGCCGAGGAGGCAGGCGAGGGCAGAGGGGCGUCGCCCCCCCGUCGCACGGGGAGUAACGCAGGGAGUAACGCAGGAAGUAAUGCAGUACGAAGCGAUGGGAGCAGCGAGCCAAUCGAUAACCUGAGUGAAGACAGCGAAUACAACAUCGAAACGAAUGCGCUGAAGAAAACGAACAAAAAGAUGCUCCAAGUAAACCGGGACCAAGUGGAGUACCUACCGAUAAAAAAAAACAUUUACGUGCAAGUAAGCGAAAUAACAAAUAUGAAAGAAAGCGACGUGGACCUCUUUAGGAAGAAUAAUGGAAAUAUAAUCGUGAGGGGAAAGAACUGCCCUCGACCAGUACAGUACUUUUAUCAAUGUGGACUGCCAUCUAAAAUCCUACCUAUUUUGGAGAGAAAAAAUUUUAAAAAAAUGUUUGGCAUACAGAUGCAGACGAUCCCAGCGUUGAUGUGUGGGAGGGACGUGAUCGCCAUUGCUGAGACGGGGAGUGGAAAAACUUUAUCGUAUUUAUUUCCAGUCAUUAGACACGUCCUUCACCAACCACCCCUUCGAAAUAAUGAUGGCCCAAUCGCUAUCAUACUUACUCCUACCAGGGAGCUCAGCAAGCAGGUUAAAAGUGAAGCUAGACCCUACUGUCAAGCGGUGAACCUCCGAAUAUUGGCAGUCUAUGGGGGGUCAAAUAUUGGUACACAACUAAAUACACUGAAAAGAGGAGUGGAAAUUCUGGUGGGUACUCCAGGUCGUAUAAUUGAUAUACUAACAAUAAGUAACUGUAAGGUGACCAAUCUGAAUAGAGUCUCCUUCGUCGUUUUGGAUGAAGCCGAUCGGUUGUUAGACCUCGGAUUCGAGUCUCAAAUACAUAACAUACUUAACAACUGCAGAAAGGACAAACAAACAGCCAUGAUUUCAGCAACCUUCCCUACGUAUAUUCAAAAUCUAGCCAAGAGAUUGCUUUACAAGCCAAUCGAAAUUAUUGUAGGAGAAAAAGGAAAAACGAACAAUAACAUAUAUCAAUUUGUUGAGGUUGUACAAGUCAAACAGAAGGUCUACAAACUUCUGAAGAUUCUUGGAGACUGGUCAACCUAUGGCUUAAUUCUCAUUUUUGUAAACAAGCAGUUAGAAGCAGAUCUACUAUAUUUAGAACUCUUUAAGUAUGAUUACAAAACGUUAGUUCUGCAUGGAGGACAGGAUCAAGCUGAUAGGGAAUUCACUCUACAAACAUUCAAAGAAGGGAAGAAUAAGGUACUCAUUGCUACGUCGGUUAUGGCAAGAGGUAUCGAUAUAAAGGAUAUCAUAGUGGUAAUUAAUUAUGAGUGUCCUGAUCAUAUAGAGGAUUACAUUCAUCGUGUUGGAAGAACAGGUAGGUCGAACAAAAUUGGAUAUGCUUAUACGUUUAUUACUCCUGAGGAACAUGCUAAGGCGUAUGAUAUAUACAGCCUCAUCAAAAACAACAUAUAUUACAUGAAUAAAACGAUUGAUAUUCCGAGAGAGUUGGAAGAACUUGUUCGGGAGUAUACUCAAAGUAGCAACUUUGCUGAGGUUAGAAAGAAAGGGUACAAGGGUAAGGGGUUUAAGUUUACUCCGAAUGAGAAGUCCCGACUUCAGAUGGAUAAGGCCAAUGCAAAGAAGGAACUCGGGUUGGUGCGCGAUAAGGAGGGAGAGACGGACAACCCUCCGGGGGGAGACGCCUCCGAUGGGGAAGUGGGCGAGGGGGCGGCAGGCAGAGCGGCAGGCAGAGCGGCAGGCAGAGCGGCAGAAGGUUCGGUGCUGGGGGGAAGUGCUCCUCCACUUGGAAUUCCCCAGCCGCAGCAGAGGCAGCCGCAGCAGAGGCAGCCGCAGCAGAGGCAGGCGCAGCAGAGGCAGGCGCAGCAGAGGCAAUCGCAGCAGGGGCAGCCACAACAGAGGCAGCCACAACAGAGGCAGCCACAACAAUGGCAACCACAACCACCGCCCCCGCCCGGGGAACCCAACCCACAAAGCGAAAUAAAACGCAUCGAACUGGAAAUACAGAGAAUAAAAAUGAACGACACUAUGGACCUGUCGCUAAAGGCGAAGCAGAUAAACGAGCUGAUGAAGACGUACAACAUCAUGGCGCAGCAACAGAACGCCAUGAAAAAAAAUGCAGAAGCUGCACAGGAAGCUGACAUAGAGAAAAUGGCCGAACAGGAGGCCACCAAGGCAACCGAACAUAUAAAGGAUGAAACGGAAAGGAAGCAACUCUUUAACAAAGUUAAGCAAGACGUGAAGAAAAAACUAAUCGAUAGCAAACUGCAGAGCAACUCCAGGACGGAAAAUAUUCAUAGGAAUAUGCUCCUAAACUCGAUGAGGAUACGAAACAUGAAGAAAUACUCUCCCUUCAUUCCUCACACCUAUGUUAUGGAAGACAACUCCAUCAUGCAGGAGUUUUACAUUAAUGACUAUCCGCAGCAUGUGCGACUGAAGAUAUGCAACAGGGAGGUACUCUCUCGCAUUUCCGAUAUGUCUGGUUCAAGGUGCCAGAUAAAGGGUCAGUACUCCAACCCCAAUCAGCCAAACAAGACCACCUUCCUGCUCGACGCCAAGCCGCUACACAUUGAAAUCACCGCGUCCAACUACAACCAGGUGCAGAUUGCGCACAACGAGUUCACGUCGCUGAUCAAUCAGUUACUGCAGAAUAGCAAUAUGAAGGGGCACCGCAAGGGGUGA